UCGCUCCUUUGCACACUUGCUGGCAUACUUUGCUCCUGUUCCCACUCCGCUCGGGUAACUCAGUGUGCAGUGGAAAAGAGGCAGCACGGACAGCACUUGGCCAUCCAGCACUUAGCUGCUUCCAGCCCUUUACCCCUGUUGUGGGAGCACAGGAUGGAGUCUUGCACACUCCCGCUGCAAGGGUUCAACGUUGCCCUGCCGCUGGAAUCUUGUACGUCUCCACAAGUCUCUUUGGUUUCGAUCAUCAUGGAUAGAGGGUUUUAAAAUCCCCAGAGGAAGUCGGCAACGAGAUUUGCUGGAUUACAAAGAGGAGGAUGACGACUCUGGGCAAGACAGAGCAGAGUGUCUAGGAAGGAUGAACCCCGAUUCACUGGACUCCUCAAUCCAGGGGGCCCUUGCGGCCCUCUACCCACCCUUUGAGGCUACAGCACCUACUGUCCUCAGCCAACUCUUCCGUGUGAUCGAGGAGCGUUACCGGGGCGAUGCGCUCCAGUGCCUGUUGGACUUCCUCAUCCCUGCCAAGCACAUCCUGGAGAGUGUGCAGCAGGCAGCCUGUGCGACGUACUCUGACGUGCUGUUCCGCUGUGAGGGCUGGCCGCUGUGCUUGCGGGAGAAGGUGGUAAUUCAGUUGGCCUCCAUCAACCCCCUGCUGCUGCACCCAGGGGACUUCUACCUUCAGGUGGAGCCCUUCGCUGACCAGGCCGCCCGUAUUGUUCUCAAGAGCCUGCUGGAGGAGUACCGGCAGAUAGAGGAGAUGCCCCUUCCUGAGACCUCCUAUCCCUGCAUCUUCACAGAAGAGUGGCUGAGGUGUAUCAACGAGGGUCGCCAUGGGACCCCGCUGCGCCGCUGUCUGCUCUCCACGGACCAGGGCAUUGUGAAAGUACCAUGGGCGCAGGUGGCCAAACCCGAAUUUGUGGAUAAACCCAAAGCUACAACAUCCUCCCCUAUGCCCCUGGAAAGCUCUACAAGCUACCCUCAGGGUCCCCACUGUCCUUCUGCAUUCUCUGUAGAGACCCGGAUCCUACCUGCGAAGGACGGCAUUGCUGUGUCUCUGCGGCUAGUGGACAGCGGCUGCUCCCAGCUCAUCAAGGUGAACCAGUGCAAACCAGCUGGCAAACCCGUAGGCUGGGUGGCCCCAAACACCUGGGACAGCCAUAGUGACAGGGAACUUGAGGGUGACUAUGUGGACUUGGUGGAGUUCACCAAGGAAAAAGAGGCUCUGGCCUUUGACAGAGGCCUGCCACUGCAGAAGCUCCCUGCCCUCCGACCUGUGAGGCCAGCCCCUCCAGUUCCCUGCCGGGACUCCACGCAUCCAUCUCCUCCGACCCAGUCCCAGGACCCAGAGCCUUGUGGGCACACACUCAGGUUCUCAAAGGAACCCUGCACGCCAUGUUUGACGAGGCGGCUAGCUGAGAGCUGCAGGCUUAAGGAGCCCCGGUGCAGGUAUCGGGAAUCCUACUUAGAAGCCCUGCAGAACCCUGUUAGCUUUGAGAAAGGUGGGACACUGGCCAUCCUGGAGGAGUCCAGCACUAAUGAAACCGAUAGUGCAUCUCCUGCCUCAGAGAGUGAGCCACCGCCUUACUGUCAUGCCCUCCACUGCUGCCCAGAGCUUGUCGAGGACCAGGGACCCUGUCUGCCUGGAGUGGAGAAUACCUCACCAGACCAGCAAAGCAGGAACAGUCAUCCAGGGAGAGUCCUCUCGCACUCUUGCUCCUCCGUCUCCGAGACCUACAGAAAAAGCCCUGCAAUGCAAGCACAGGCCAAGCGGAGUAUCAGCGAUGUCUGCCCAGAAAUGAUUCCUCGUGUUCAUGUAAUGCAGUGUAAAAAGGGUUCAGCUUUUGGACUGAUGUCCCCAAAAACAGACAAACGGAGAAGCAUCAAACAAGAUGUCACCCAGAGCAGCAAAGCUGAAACUCCAUCCUCCUUGCCUGUUGUCAAUGGACAUCAGAAGAAGCUCCUGACAGCCCAGGCUGAUAAAAGCUCAGAGUCCCUGGUCUUCAGUCCAUCCUCCCAGCUCAGUCUAUUUCCAGCAAACAGCAGCAGCGCUCUUCUUCACUUAGGAAUUGCUUGUCUUCCAGGCAGCCGAGAUCGGAAUGGCAGAGCCGUAGUGGAGCUGUAUGGAGACCACCAGGGUUGGAGAUCUCCACUGGUCACCAGCCAGGAGCUGUGCAAGCUGCUGCUCUACUUCCACUCCAUUCCAAGGAGGGAAGUGGGAGACCUUGGAAUGACCCUGGUAACAGAUGCCAGAAAGAUGCCACCACCCCCAACAUUCUACAAAGCCUUGCUUCUGAUGCAAGAACAGGCCCUCAAUGCAGUGCACUGUGUCCUCCUGCUGGUGGACAAAGAAAUCAGCCCUCGGCCUGAGAAGCAACCUGGACUGCAGAUGGAAAUCAUGACAUCGCUAAAAGCGUUGCACAAGGUGGUGGAAGGACAUCAGCUGACGACGAAUUUGGAAGGCACCUUUCCAUACAGCCACGUAGACUGGCUGCAGCUGCACCAGAAACUGAAUCCCUUCAUGCUGGACCUACGAGAUGCUGCCAGUUUACUCCAGAAUGCUAUCCAGAAAUUUGAGGGAAACCAAAAGGUUGAUACAGCAAAGGAUGCACAGCAGCGCAUACAUGCACAGAAGACUCUGAUGAAGGAGGUUCUGGAGGACACUCAACUGGUUGCUUUGCAGAGAGAAGGGGGAGCUAUGUUGGCCAGGCUCAGGAGGGAGGAAUCUCGAUUCGCACAUUCAGAGGACUACCGCGAUUACAUGGACGCAGUGAGCAGCCUGUACAAUGUGGUGGAGGAACGGGUGCAUAUGCUGGUGAGGAGCUCCAACCAGUCUCUUCAGCAUCUGGAGUUUCUACUCAAACUCAGGGAGCUGGAGGAAAAAUUCAACAAGAUUCAGCAGUGGUUCAGUGCUGAGGGGGAGCGGCGCUUGCUAGAGGCUGAAUCUGUGGAGGAUUCCCUUGAGAGGGUGGAGCAGACCCUUCAAAGUUUCAACUCCUUCCUCAUCCAGGCCACCGAGCAGAAGCACCAGGCCAUGACUUUGGUGACAGAAGCUGAGGCAAUCCAGGGGUCAUCCUAUGCAGAGACAGAGAUAUUUCGGACCAUGGUGUACACAUUCAAAUCUGGACUCGCAGACUUCUUGUCACGAGCAGAACAAUGCCGUGGUGAGCUGGAGACCAUGGUUAACCUGUGUCGUUUCUGUGAGAAGGCCACUGAACUUGCCAAAGAUUGUAGGGAGUACCUGGAGCAAAUAAAAUCCCACAGCCAACUAAAUAAGGAAGAUCUUGUCAAUCUCAAGAAGUAUCGUGAACAAUUCAGUGAGUAUUCGGUAGAGUUCUUCCAGGAGAUCAAGGCACAAGCGUGUGCUCUGAAGGGCUCCAGGGGGAUGCGGAUCUGGAAUGUGGCCUGGCUCCGAUGCCAAGAAGUCCAUCAGCUGCUAGAGGAAAGACUGCACAGUUCUGUAAAAGUUAAGCAGCCUCUUGAAAUUCCAGCUGGACAAGAACCUAAAGACGGUCUGGAGUCUCCAUUAUCAGCACUUUCUACUUGUGUGAUCACAUCACCUCCCAAAGCUUCUCUGUGUGACUCGGACAGAAGUUCAGCAGAACCUGUUGAGGUUAGCAUGACAGAAGAAGGGGUGACAGAACAAGCUGUAAGUAGUGGGGCAGUGCACAGUGUAGUGGAAAGCGGAGAAAUGAAUCCAACUACCGGAGCAGAACAUAUCACAACACGUGGAGCUGAGACUGACUCUACACCUAUGGGUCCUAGUGGCUGUGAAUGGUUUCCAUGGCAUCAAGGCUUGGGGAGGUCUUUGAGUGAAGGCUCCAACAGGGGCUCCAUCCUCACUGAGCUGCAGCGUCACAACCCAUCCCACAGUCACAACCAACCCUCCUGCCAAAUGCUGCAGGCUGCCCAGCACUUCCAAGUCUCUCGUCACGGCAGCUUCUGCUCAGAGGACUCUGGCUGCGGACCAGGUGCCUGCAGCCUGGACACAGAGACCUUAGACUUGUCCUCCGGUCAUAAUCUGAUGAGUGAGGGAACCACAUCUUUGAACGGAGGAGAGGCAAAGGCCCACUUUCUGCGGUUACAGCGCAUUGUGGAGGAGCUGCUGGUCACAGAGAGGGAAUAUGUACGCUCUCUGGGCUAUAUUCUGGAUCAUUACUACCCCCUUCUGGAGCGGCCCGACGUGCCCCAGGACUUAAGGGGUCAACGGGGAAGAGUCUUUGGCAACCUGGAGAAGUUGCAUGACUUCCACCACCAUUGCUUCCUUAAGGAGCUGGAGGGCUGCCUGCAGGAGCCCGUCCAUGUGGGCCGCUGCUUCCUGAAACACAGAGAAAGUUUCCAUCUCUAUGCACUCUACAGCAAGAACAAGCCACAGUCUGACUCGCUGCUCAUUCACCACAGUCAUGACUUUUUCCAGAAGAAACAAAGGGAGAUGGGGGACAAUAUGGACCUGUCAUCCUACCUGCUGAAGCCAGUGCAGCGGAUCAGCAAGUACAACUUGUUGCUGCAGGACAUGCUGAAGGAGUGUGAGGCACUGCAUGGAAGCGAGAGGGCCAGGAUCCAGGCGGCUUUAGAGAUGGUUCGCUUCCAGCUACGCCACGGCAAUGACCUCCUCGCCAUGGAUGACAUCCAGGACUGUGAUGUGAACUUGAAGGAGCAGGGCCAGCUGAUUUGUCAGGAUGAGUUUCUGGUGUCCUUCAGAAAGAAGAAGUGCUUCCGCCACAUCUUCCUCUUCCAAGAUCUCAUCCUGUUUAGCAAGACCAAGAAGACAGCUGUGGGGAAUGACAUCUACAUCUACAAGCAGUCUUUCAAGACUUCUGACAUUGGCAUGACGCACAAUUCCGGGGACAGCGGGCUGUGCUUUGAGAUCUGGUUCAGACGGAGGAAGUCACAGGACACCUACAUCUUGCAAGCAAAAAGUGCAGAGGUGAAGGAGGUCUGGACCCGAGACCUAGGACAAAUCCUAUGGGAGCAGGCAGUGCGCAACAGAGAGCUCCGGAUGCAGGAGAGAGUGUUCAUGGGAAUGGGGAGCAAGCCCUUCAUGGACAUCCAGCCAAGUGAAGCGGCUAUCUGUGACAGGGCAGUCAAGUGUACUCUCACUGGAAGAGUGCUUCAAGAAGAGGUUGUUUUGUCCCGACCCAACUCCAUCAGUUCAGGGAGCAGCGGAUCGGCGUCUGACAGCAACUCGUCUUCCUCCUCAGGGCGAGGGUCCCUCCCACCCACAGGCUACCUCUGUAGCCACGCCCAAGAACCUGAGUCCCACCAGGAAAUUUCUACAGGGGCUGUGAAAGAGGAUGAUGUGGAGAUCGAGAGUGUUAACCUCCUUAUGGACAGCUCUGAGUCCUCAGGGGAGAGCGUCAGUGGGUUCAGUGGCUCUGACCGCAGCUGCCAGUCGGUGACCGGUGGAGAGGCAGACGACACAUCCUCCAUUUCCUCCUCUCUGUGCUCUAAGACCCAUGGAAAGCCCCUGUAUUUCCGGGAACGCGUCUCUCCCGUGGUUUCCCGAAGGAGACCCCUCACUACCCCAAUACCACAAGCCCUGAAUUCUCCACAAGGCUCUGGAAAGGUUCAAGCAAUGGCUCCUGCGAGGAAAUCAACAGAGGUGUGACAAGUAAUAGGAGAUGGUACCAGUUCAAUGAAGGAUAGUGGAAUCGGAGCUCACAGGAACAAACUCUCGAGGAGCCCAUGGGGCAUCAGAUGAAUGUGAAAAACUUUUCUAAAAUAGUAUACAGAAAAGUUGGCUAAAAAAGUCAAACAUACAGGGAUUGUCCAUAACUCAUCAGCUGCAUACCUUAUAAUUUGAGGUGCAGGCAAGAUUGCUAUGGAGUCACUGAUAGCAAUCGGUCACUGGCGAAAAUAGGUCAGCGAACACCAGCUCCCACAUAUUUCAGUUUUUUAAAUACAGACCUGCCCUCUUGUGUAAUCACUGGGAAAUUUUAUAUCACAGGCAACAUACCCUAAAUUUUUUCCCAUUGAAGUGAAAAAAUAUAUUUCACUGCCGCACACAGUGGCUGGGAUAGGGAAGAAAUUUAAUAAUACAUUUAACUAUGUUCAGGGCACAUUGUACAAGGUGGGAGAAUACCCUUUAAAGUAUUAUUUUGGAAUAUUUUUUAUUUCAUAAAUAUAUUAUCUCAAACUCGGUGCAAGAGUGUAAUAUUUUUCUAAAAUAAAUGUGAGUUUUCAGCACUGCAUCUUAGAAUUAUGGCAGCAGCAUAAUUUAAAUUACAUUAGUCCAAAAGAAACUUCAUGUUUUCAUGGGUUUUUUUUACACACAUGUCUCUGAAGUGAGACUGAUGCACAUUAUUCAUAUUUCAGUAUAAAACGAAAAGUCUUAUGCAUAUCUUCCAGAUGAACUGGUCUGCUGUAUUGUGAGAGCUAUUUAUUUGCCGUUGUAAUAUCAUUCUCAAGUUGGUACUGUCUUAUUGAAUCCAGUUUUUGUACUACAGUGACAUUAUGGAAAGAAGAUCCAUUAAUACACUAAAUGCAGGAAUGUAGUAAAAAUUUCAUGUACUUGUUUUCAUAGCCUUGCAUACGGCAGCAUAUACCACCAACAAAUGAAAAGCAAUUUGGAAAAAAUAUAUGCCACUAAUAAAUGAAAAUAUUCCAGGCAUAUCAAGUGCUGCUUCAGGUUGCUCUUGAGGGAGUUUUGUCUUCAUCUCUUCUUUGGUCAAGAUUGUAUGCCAAGGUUUACUCCAUUCUAGACUAUUUGUAUUAACUUUCUUUUAAAUAACAUCUUACUAGUAGACAGAUAUUUUCAGUUAGCAU